AGGUAAAACCCCGAGUCAGCCCGCUAAAACCCUGCUUACAUACGAACAAAUGAAUUGCAGUAGCUUCAUUAACUGAUCACUAACCACAAAUCUCAUGGUCACCAAGUUCUUUCCCAGAGCCAACUCUCUUCCUCUUACCAUUAUCUCCUCAACCCACUUUUCCCUCUUCCCCAAUUCUUCCCUCUCCAUUAUUUCUCUUACAUCUACAGCUGCUACUCAAGCAAUAACCCCAAAAUCCCAUCUUUAUGGACCCUCUCUUCUUAAAGGCAGAAUCCCAUUUCAAAACUCUCAAUCCCAAUUGGAUCCAAAGCCAAUUGAAGAACAGGUAAUCGAUGAAGAGAAAUUCUCUCGGGUGUUUGAUAUUGCUGCUCUUCGAGUCCCAGCAAAGAAUUGUUUUGCUCUGGAAAGUAGACUCCGAGGCCAUUUGUUGAAUUGGCCGCGGAUUCGUAAUAUUGCUAGAGUGCCUGGAGAUGAGGUAGAAGAAGAGCUCGUGUCUCUUUUGGAUGACAGCAAAAAUGGGAAUGGAGAUGAAGAAGGAAAGCUUGAUGCUUUGAAUCAAAUGAUUUAUGGGAGAGUAGAGAGAGGUGGUGAAGAAUUAAUUCCUGUUUUGUAUAGGGAGAAAUUGGUGAAGGAGUUUAAUUAUAGGGGGUUUGUUAAGUUUAAGAAUUUAGCGAAGAUUUCAAGGCCGCCAAAGAGGAAGAGAAAGAAAGAGGAAGGAGAGGAGAAAAUGAGGGGGAAAUGUAGGAAGAAAGGGUUUUCUGUGGUGGAGGUUGUGGAAGAGGAGGAAGAGGAUUGGAAAGGUUUGUUGGGGGAUAAGUUUAAAGGGAGGAAGAAAUGGAGAGGUUCAACAAGGUUGUUGCUUUUGGAUGAGAGAUAUGCCGAUAAAGGAGUUGAAGAUCUGCCCCAGGCUAUUCAGGUGGCUAAUCCAAAUACCUUUGGUUCUUUCUACUAUGCUCAUUCUGUUCUGCAGGUGGCUUUACAAGAAGCUAUGGAAGAAAACCCAACUUCUAGCUUUGAACUUAUUAAAUGCAAGCUUACUUUGUUUUAUGAUUACUGGCAGAUGAAUGAGGUUUUGGAGGCCUUGCUACCAGAAGGAGUUAUCAUUCCAUCAUCUUUUGAAAUAAUUGGGCAUAUUGCUCAUCUGAACCUGAGAGAUGAGCAUUUGCCAUACAAGAAUCUUAUAGCUAAGGUAGUCCUGGAUAAAAAUAAGCCAAAGAUACAAACUGUUGUAAACAAGAUUGAUGCCAUACAUAAUGAUUACAGAACACUGCCGCUUGAGGUGUUGGCUGGAAAUCACUCCCUUGUGACCAUGGUGGUUGAGAGUGGAUUACGUUUUCAUGUUGAUUUAGCAACAGUGUAUUGGAAUUCGAGGCUUGCAAAAUGAAAGACCAGAGGCCUUCUGAAAUGGCUUCACUUGCGCCAAAUGAUGUUGUUU